AAAAUAAUAAUAAUAACAAUAAAAAAAUGAUUAAACCAAGUCUGGCGUGUUGACGAAGAUCGCACAGUAUAUUAAAAGAUGUAUUGCUGGUAGCUAUCAGUGAUUGUUUGACAUUUGAUCUGCAAUGUCAGAUCUAAGAGUUCCCGGACGUUUAAUUGAACCCUUGAAAAGUUGUGUCGGCGUUACGUUAGUUACGUCUAAUUCUAAUCAUACAUUGAUUGAAGAUACUCUUACCAGUAACCCGUGCAACGUUGAAAACUAUCAAUUGAUUUAUGGAUUAUCGAGGUGGUCUGAUUGAUGGAAAUGAAUUUAUGUAAAGAAGAAAAAUGAGUAAUUCGAACGAAACAAAAUCGGUAUCUGAUUUGAUGUCGGAACUGCCAAUUGACAUGCAGUUCAAUGAAGGUCAUUUAUUAAGUAUCGUUACCUACAGCAUCCUGAUGGUAAUUUCCAUCGCUGGAAACACGACAGUUUUGGUCCUAAUUAUCGAACGACGCAAAACAAAUCAGUCAAGAAUAAAUACAAUGCUGCUGCAUCUCGCGAUUGCUGAUCUGUUGGUGACUUUGUUGAUGAUGCCGCUAGAAAUUGGCUGGGCAGCAACAGUUUCUUGGCGUGCUGGGGAUUUAAUGUGUCGCAUAAUGGCAUUUUUUCGUGUCUUUGGAAUUUAUUUGUCGUCGUUUGUACUCGUCUGCAUUAGCAUCGACAGAUAUUAUGCAGUUUUAAAACCUAUGCAGUUAAUAAAUAUUGAUAGAAGAGAAAAAUUAAUGCUAAUAGGAGCUUGGAUCGGUGCUGUCUUAUGCUCAGCCCCCCAGAUGCUGGUGUUUCACGUCCAGCGUCAUCCAGAUUUUCCCUGGUACGAGCAGUGCAUCACUUAUCACUUUUUAUUUUCAAAUGUCACUCAAGAAGUUGGAUACUCGGUUUUUUCCAUGAUCAUGAUGUACUGCUUCCCAUUGGUUGUAAUUAUUUAUACGUAUACCAGCAUUCUCAUUGAAAUUCACAGCAAGACGAGAGAAAAUUCAAAAGAUAAAAUACGAAGAUCAUCUAUAGGCUUUUUGGGACGAGCUAGAAUACGAACACUAAAAAUGACUAUUAUUAUUGUCGCUGUGUUUUUUAUCUGCUGGACUCCUUAUUAUAUUAUUAGUAUUUGGUACUGGAUUGAUAGAGAUAGCGCCAGUAAAUUAGACCAAAAAAUUCAAAAAGGACUUUUUUUAUUUGCCUGUACAAAUUCUUGUAUGAAUCCAAUCGUUUACGGAGCAUUUAAUAUCCGUCGUAAUACUCAUAGAACAGUACGAGCUUCUACACUAGAAACACGAAUUACACCGUUUACUUUAUCGGUCAAGCUCAUCGACACCAAAUGAAAAUUACUUUUAAUAUUUAUUUUUUAUUUUUAUUAUUAUUUUGUUUACUCUAUUUAUUAAAUUAUAAAAAUUAACUAGUAAAAUUUAUUUGCUUUAUUUAUUUCGCACAAGUAUAUAUUAAUUAUUAUGUCAGUAAUUAUUAAUAUAAUAAAUACAUAUAUAUUUAUAGGUAAUAAAAACAACUCGGAGAAUUAUAACGGUAGACAAAAAGAAGCAAACAACAUCACAAGUUAUUUGUCGUGUGUCGUGGCAUCAAAAUCUUUCACAUUUAAAGCAAUCGACUUGUAUACCACUCGAAAUUAUUCCAAACAAUGAUAUCAAUUUAGAUAUUGUCAGCCCGU